AUGACGGAUUGGUUUACUGAGAUAUUUGAGCAAUUCAAAACAAAUGCAAGUACUCGGACGUUCUUAAUAGAUUCUCUUAACACAAAAACAAAUGAGAUUAACUGUGAGGAAUUUGGAAUUGAUGCUUGCUCGCAUCAAGUGGAAUUGCAGGAUAUAAAAACCAAGCAUUUUUGGAGUGGUAAGUUCACAGAUCUACGGAGCAAGUUAGGAGAGUUUGAGGUCCAGUCCCUUGAAGGCAUCCUGGGUUAUACUGAUGAUGAGUUUGUGUCGCGGGACUUCUUGGGAGAUGACAUAAGCUCUAUUUUUUAUGCCAGGGCUGGCAUUGCCUUGAAUAAUAACUUUGUUAAAUGGGUGUCAUGGUAUGAUAAUGAGUAUGGCUACGGCAACCGUGUAGUUGAGCUUUUCCAGCAAGGUCAGUUCAAUGUCGACUAA